AUGCUGCGUAACCUGGCGAUGAGCCUGCUGGCCCUGCACAUCGCGACGCCUGCGCUAGCCGAUAACGGCGCCUCGGGCCGCCUGCGGGCGGACCUCCUCGUCUCAUACGACAAAGGAGCAUAUCCGUGGGAAUUUGCUUGGGAAGCGGCGCUGGCCGACGGGGGGGAGCGGUCGGGCUUGAAGGUGGAAAUGGGCAUCAACUUCCACCGGGUGCACUCUGUGGACGUAGUCAACCACGCCACCGACUUAAUCGUGUGGUACCGGCUGCGGUGGCAUGACCCGCGGCUGGCGUGGAACGCCUCGCAGUACGGUGGCCUCGCAACGCUGCAACUGUGGGUCGGCGACGGCGCCUCGUCCGACGUCUCGUCCGACAUUUGGACGCCCGACAUGACCCUGUGGAACCAGGGCGAGUCGAUGCAGACCUCGCUCUCCAACGCCUUCGCGAGUGUAUCGAGCGACGGCACCGUCUUCUGGUCACGGCCCGGCCACCUCCGCCCCACUUGCAAGUUCGUAGGACUCGACCGCUUCCCGUUCGACGAGCUGGGAUGCACGAUGGAGUUUGGCAGCUGGAGCUUCAGGCCGACCAACCUCGAGGACGGCCUCUACCUCCGCCCCGUCAAGAUGGGCGACGGCUUCAGCAUUGGAGGCUCCGAGACCGCGGGCGAGUCCUUCCAGGAGUUUUCGCUCGAGGGCGUCGAAUGCCGCGAUAAAGUCUACCCGCCUUACCCCGGCGACCCAGAGAACGACUGGCCUGUCCUCCUCUACGAGGUGGUGCUCAACUUCAUCGGCUUCCUCUGCUUCAGCGUCCCGCCCCAGUGCGGCGAGCGGCUCGGCCUCGGCAUCACGGCGCUGUUCUCUCCUGCCGUGCGGUUUGCACAGUUCUCCGCCUUCAGCCUCGCCUACGCCACGUUGGUGCUCGCCGAAUCAUGCAUCGUCAUCAGCCUCUACCACAAGACCUCCAAGUCGCUCCUGCCACCCUUUCUGCGCUGGGCGAGCCGAUGCGCGGCGGCAGUGGCAGGUCAAAAAGCAGAGGCCCCACCCCGCGCAGUUAGCAAAGCCGGCGACAGUGUCCCGGAGCUUUCGCAGCGCGAUGCCAACGACAGUUACGAGAUCAAGCCUGACGAGGCCGAGAUCAAGCGUUACGAGGCCGAGAUCAAGCGCAUCAACGGUAAGUGGCAGCGGAUCGCCUUCGCCAUCGACGAGGUGUCGCGGUGGGUGGUGCCCCUAUCGGAUUUCAAAGGGAAAAGGAUGUGCGUCACUACGUGCAUCACCGUGUUUGUAGGAUGUAGUCUCGCGUUUGUGCGCCGUUUGGGAGACCUCGUCGUCAUCGUCGGCCUGGCGAAGCAGCCGCAGUUCAACGGCCGGCGGGGGACGGUCAUCGGCGGCUUCGAGCCGGAAGGCGGCCGCUACCCUGUGGAGGUCGAGCUGCUGGCCGGAGAGGUGAAGCGGUUGAAGAUCAAGAUGAACAACCUGCGCUCCCGGUCGAGGGAGGAGGACGAGGGCGGAGCCGAUGCCGGCGGCGACGACAUGCUUGCCGGGACGCCAAGUGCUCCGCCCGCCGGCGGCAACGCGACUGUCAUGCAGCAGCUGUUGCAGCAGAUGCCGGGGCCAAACGCGUUCGUGCCGCCGCCCGGCCUGGCGGAGGCGGUGUCACAGCGCAUGACGCAGCGUAUGGCCGGACACCAGGGGCAGCUGAGCGCGGAAACCGUGGUCACGCAGAUGGCUGCGGUUCUCGAAGAGAUGCGGAUCCUCCCACCGCCCGAUGGAACGUGA